AUUGAUAAGGGCCCAAUUUCUAUCGCCAAGCGCGUGGGGGUGUUUUCUUUUUUUAUUGUGGCCGCCAAGGCGGGCUGACAGAGGUAAAUUGCUCUUUUAAUUAAAGCAAUGCAGCAGAGGAAAUUGCUGUCUGAAUAUUGUCUCCGAGAUGGGGGGCCAGUGACAGUUGCCUGGAAACUUCAAUCCGUCCACUCGCGUUGAUUCCAGAUCAGAGUUAUGAGAUAAAGUUUAAUAAAAAUCCCCCUUUUCCUCCUCCUGCACCAAGCAAAUGAAAUCCAAGGCUUUUGUGCAGCAAGUGAGCACAAUGAGAAGAGACAGCGCAGGGAAGCUCAUGUUCAACAUGUACCUCUCAGAUCCGACGGAAAGUCUGUUGAAGGACAACAAAGGAGCAUCCUGGGGACCAAUCAAUACCGGAGCCCAAAAAGGUAGCGGCCAGAUCCAGCUGUGGCAGUUCCUGCUCGAGCUGCUUUCGGACGGCAGCAACGCGUCGUGCAUCGCGUGGGAAGGCACCAACGGCGAGUUCAAACUCCUGGACCCGGACGAGGUCGCGCGGCGCUGGGGUGAGCGCAAAAGCAAACCCAACAUGAACUACGACAAGCUCAGCCGCGCGCUGCGCUAUUACUACGACAAGAACAUCAUGACCAAAGUGCACGGCAAGCGCUACGCCUACAAGUUCGACUUCCACGGCUUGGCCCAGGUGUGCCAACCCGCCUCGUGUGCCGCCGCCGAGCAGGCCCUCUAUAAAUUCCAGGGCAACUUUGCGCCCAUCCCCUUCUCCGGCAUCUCCAAACUCAACUUGCACGUGGCGCCCGCCGGUAUGCACGGCCCGUCGGGCUUCUCCUACUGGGCCGCCGCCGCUGCAGCAGGUUCGCCCUCGGCCGCCCUCUACCACCACCACCAUCAUCACGCACACGCCGGCCACAACCUGCAGCCGGCCGGGCCGUUUCCGACCGUUUCGCCCGGACACAUCGGCUGCAGCGUCAACAACAUCAACGCGCUCGGCAACGUCAAUAAUCACUACAACUGACGACGGCAAGGACGUUCGAUUCUGACGCGGGUGACGUCAGGUUGCUAAAGGACGCAAAUUGGAAUCACUUCCAAUGCAUAAAAGGAGAGGCGGCAUGUCAAACUUUAGACGCCACAUAGAAAACAAUUAUUGCUUCUUCUGGUUAAAUGAGCAAAAUUGAAAUAGCAGCCCCAAAUAGUGUAAUAAAAAAAAAAAAUCUAUGUCAUGAGAUUACAAAAGUACACCCAUCCUUUUCUCGACAACAAAAGAAAAAAACCCAACAACAACUCCACAUUGAAGUGCACAGAAACAUUAAUUGCCAUUGACGGCGUCCAGAGGUGGGAAGAGUGAUAUAGCCAAAUAUUUACUCAACUAAGAGUAGCGUUACUCCUAAACAAACAAAAUUACUCAAGCAAAAAUAAAAGUCGUCAUCCAAAAAUUUAUGAGUUACAAUAUUAUGAGUAACAUUGUGAGUAACAGCUUACAUUGUUUGAUUAAAAAAACAUUUUUUUUUUAGAAUCAUGGUAUAUUUUUCUCAGCACAACUUCAUCGAUAUGAACUGUUAUUAUUAUACUGGAUUAUGACCUAUUACAUGACCAUAUUAAGCCUAAACGAUGACACAAAAGAUAUUGAACUACAUACCGGACUACUUUUGCUGAUUAAUAUUCAACUGUUGUUGCAGCUGUUGCUAGGCUGGUCAAGCUCACGUUUGUUCCUAAUGCUAAAUGCAUGUAAAUAGUGUACGAACGAGAUUUUUACUGAACUAAAACUACCAUUUCUGUCCGAAAAUGAUGUCCCUGGUGCCAAAUGUACUGAUGUGGAAGGACAUACAAAGAGAUGGCUCGAGUGUCGAGGGCUGAAAAUGACCGUGAAAAUAGCCAACCUGAUCCAGAGGUAGUUGUAUUCAACACCUUUUUGUUGUGUGGAUUGCCUUACGCCACCUGACAAUGACAUUCUACUGUUUCAACAAUCUAUCCUUUACCACCAUAUGCCCUGUCUUUCUUAUAUAUUAUAUCCUCUGGUUGUCUUGCAUCUAUGACCGUUCUUGGGGGUAAUUUAUAUUGCUAUUUUUGUGUAGUGAUAGCAAAUGCUACUCAGUGACAGCCAACGAACACUUUUAAUUUUUUUCAUUAAUAACAAAUCUUAAUUCUAUCAUUUAUUUACAUUUCCCCCUUACUAAAGUUGUUUUUACAACAGAAAAAAUAACAACAGUGGCAGUCAGAUACCAUUAAAAAAUUUUUUCAGGUCAUUCA